UAACAAAGAUUUUAAUGUUUGUUUAUGUUUAAAAUGUAUUACCAUCAUGUGAGGAAAAGAGUGUAGUGUGAUAUUAUGUGAUUACAUGUCUUUAUAGUGUUUACGUGAUUUUUGAACGGACGUAUUUUCUGCUUCGUUGCGAAACUGGCAUUGCUCGAGUUUGUGACAUUGAAAAAAACCAGUGUGAUUAAAAACGAUUAAUAAACGUUGGUGUGUGUGUGUUUUAAACUCCGUAUAUUUUUUUUGUGAAUCAUAGACAAUAUUAACUUUUUAAAAUGAAAGAAUUUGGUCAGAUCUGGGGCCGAAUGGCGGGUCGGCGAUUUUCCAAUGUCAACACCGAGUUGAACGAGAUCGGUAACAAUCGAUUGACGAAAGGCGAUUUUGACACGUCGACUUUCGAAUCGAAUCUCGCUGAGUGCGAGGGACUAAACAAUAAGUUUGAGGACUUUGAGUUUAAUGAGAGAAAAGAUGCGAUUAUCAAUCGAUUAUUCGAGAGGAGGAGACAAGGACAGCUGACCAGACAACCGAAAUGUCUAUUUAUCCUCCUGAUGCUGGGUUUCUUCGCCCUCGGAGCUGGCUGUUUCAUCCUCAUAGCACGUCCCUACGAAUUCCUAUUCAAACAAAAAGUGGUUCUUCAAGAUGGCGGCGAGAUUUUCGAAAUGUGGAAGAAGCCGGAAGUAGACCUCUACGUGCGGAUAUUCCUGUUCAACGUGACGAAUGCCGAAGACUACAUGGCGGGGAGGGCCGAAAAGAUCAUCGUGAAAGAAGUGGGGCCGUAUGUUUACAAAGAAGACCUGGAACAUAAGAUAGUCAAGUUCAACGAUAACGGGACUAUAUCCGCCAUCCCCCGUCACCCCCUCACGUGGGUCGAUGAACUCUCUGAGGGGAACAAAGAAGACGAUCUUCUGUUUCUGCCUAACAUAGCUUUACUGAGCAUAGCAGACGUUGUAGCGAAACAGUCCAUGCUUACCCGCUUCGGUCUGAACAACAUCAUCUCCAUCGGCAACAUCCAGCCCCUGGUGCAGAUGACGGCUAAAGAGUUCAUGAUGGGAUACAAGUCCAACCUUAUGACCCUGGGCAACACAUUUAUGCCUGGAUGGAUAACCUUUGACAAGCUGGGUCUCAUUGAUAGGAUGUACGACUUUGAAGGCGACUAUGAGACCAUCUACACCGGCGAGGCCGACGUCCGGGACUCCGGCCUCAUCGACACCUACCGCGGGUCCAAAGACCUCCCCCAAUGGCAGGGGACCCACUGCUCUAAUGUGCAAGGGGCGUCUGAUGGCACCAAGUUCAGAGGAGGCGUUACGAGAAAUGAGUCGCUACUGUUCUUUAGGAAGAGCUUGUGCCGUGCUGCGCCAUUGGUCCCAGUGGAAGAAGGAGUGAAGAGUGGCCUGAAAGGCUAUAUGUACACUUUCCCUGAACAUUUGUUCGACAACGGCAAACACAUACCAGAGAACAAAUGCUUCUGUAGAAAUGGCAACUGUCUCCCGGAAGGCCUGAUCGACGUGACGGAAUGCUACUACGGGUUCCCCAUCGCGCUGUCCUACCCCCACUUCUAUAAGGGAGACGACGUGCUCUUCAACAAGGUGGAGGGACUCAGUCCGAACAAGGAGCUGCAUGAGACGAGAUUCUGGAUUCAGCCUGAAUCCGGUCUUCCGCUCGACGUCAGCGCCAAGAUCCAAAUCAAUAUGGCUCUCGGAGACAUCAGCAAAAUCACCAACGCUGACCGCUUCGCCAACAUAUACUUGCCCAUGCUCUGGUUCGAUAUUAGAAUGUACUCCCUCCCGAAGUCUUUAGAAGACCGCUUCAAGAUGUACCUAAACGUUCUCCCGUUCGUAGAACAAGGUGCACUGUACGUUCUCUUCUUAACUGGCUCCCUCCUCAUCCUCCUGUCCAUCUACCGGCUCGCCUUCAAGGUCAUGUUCAAGACCUUCGACGGAAAAAAGAAACAGAAAAACUACAUCAUAGCAACAAACAAGGAGAGAGCGUCAAAACACCAAAAUAUAUACGCUCCUUGCGAAAUAGCUCUCAACGAUACAGAAUCAGAUAACUCCGAUCCACAAUUCGAUGAAGAAAGACGACCAUCAUUCUUUAAAACACAUAGUGACAGAUUGAAAGAACUUAGCCAUAGAUUAGGUGAUAAGGUAUACGAUUCCGUCGGCAGCGUCAAAGAUAGGGUCACUGAAAUUAUUCAUGUGCAAAAAGUUUUUGAUAAUAGGAAGGAUUCGCUUAUCAAUAAAGAUGAGUCUUUAACUAAUGAUGGUUUUAAAAGUGAUUCUUCUGGAGAUGAAAGGACGGGUAAAUAUGAAGCAGUGAGACAGUCUGACAGCGAAGAUGAUUGUAGAUAUUUAGAAGUUCUAGACGAUGGUAGUGAGUUUGAUGAGCCGGUUAACAGAUUCCAUGUAAGAAGAGGGUCACAGUUUAAAGAUUUAGAUGCAAAUGAUGAAGUUAUACUACAGAUUUCUGAUUAGUUUCCAGAUAAAUAGAUAUUUGGUCAAUGACGUUGAUAAAUAUCUGGGAAAUAUAGAGAUGCAACUAAAAGCUUUCGCUUUUAAGUUACGUAAAAGGGUUCCAAUUGUGACCCUUCGGGUACGGAAUCCUAAAAAGAGCCUGUGUGUGCCAAUCAGACCAAUAGAAAUGAUAUACCGAUACGAUUGAUAUAUAAGAUUGAUUCAGAAGUGUUGUAGAUCGAAAUCAAAUAUUUUACCAUAUAUUUAUUAUAAAUAUGCAGUUUAUAAUGAUCAGAGAAUAUUUCGAAAUAUUUUCAUAUAAUAUAGGAAUCAAAAUUUUGAUUCCUAGACUGUGAUAUAAAAGCAUGAAAAUACCACCACAAAAAAAGAAUAUCUUGCCAUACUUAAUAAAAUAUUGUAUGUAGAUGACAUUAAACAAAUUGGAAAUUACACGACUGAUGAAAUUGCUCAAUGUUUGUAUGAGAUUGUACGUAAAAGUACUGAUUGUAUAUUUUGUAAAUAAAAAAAGUAUUAUUAAUUA